GCCGGCUGAUCGGGGUGGCGGCGGCGGUCGCCGCGUUCAUCGCCCUCGCGGCGUUCGGAUCCGCCUCGCCCUCGCCCAAGUCCUUCGUGAAAUCCACCGUCGCCGCCCACGACGUCGUCAUCUUCUCCAAGUCAUACUGCCCGCGCGCGGACGAUCUACUGUCUGUAAAGCUAGAAUCACCAGAUAGGGUGAGUAUACUUCGCUUCUUCGCGUGUCCCGCUGUGGAAUUCCGGUUUUUGUGUAGUACUCUAAAAUUCACGAUUUGGAUUUUACCCAAUUAGAUUAAGCCCAGUUCUAUUCUGAGAAUAUUGGCCCUCUGUGAUCAUCCGGGAACCGGGAUUGCUGCCUGCUUUGCAUUUCUUGGUACAUUGUGUAAAACAAGCUGCGGUUACAUUUACUCUGCUUGUUUCCUGUAAUAUGAUUUCUGAUUAUUCUGUUUAGUCAAUUAAUCCACUCUAGUUUAACAGAAUAUGUUGUUUUGCCAGAAAAUGCUACCAUUCAUUCAGGCUUUCAGAGCCUAUUGUUAGGUCAGAAUUCUAGAGUCGUAAACUUAGCAGUGCAUCUUGUAUCGGUCUAGCUCACUAGAUUUCUUGCAAUUCAGUGCAAGAAGCUUAACUGAAUUAUUUUAUAAAGUUUAACACAAACACCUGCAGAGAGUAAUGAGUAGAUGGCAGAAAAUGCACUGAUAAGCAAUACAGUGAGUAGAACAAUGAAUGUACAGAGAAUGUUUGAACAGUGAUUGUGUGGAUAUCAUGUGUCAGCUCCACGUAUAAAAUACUCUUUCCAUCUCUACCUCUACUACUAAAAAAUGCUUAAGCGGGACGAAAUCUUCCAUUUGUAUGUCCCCGGGUGCGAUCUCCGCACCGAUCGAUUUUCGUCCAGCUGCUAAUCACCGUCAUUUGAAUUUCAAAAUGAGUAAAGCUCGUGAUUCCUUCCCUUUUUUCUCUCACAUGAUUAUGCUAAACCUAUCCUCCUUUAGCCCGGCAUCCAGAACUUCCUUUAGCCUCAAGGCUUGACCUUCCAUCACUGCGAUCUUGGUUCCACCUAUCCCGGCAUAGUCUUCUCCAAGUGUACCAUCGCGAUCUCAACUCCACCGUUCCCAUCGAUAACUCCAUCAUGUGUCGGGUGUGUGCGAUCGCACGUCACCAUCUCCCGAUGCUGCCAAUCCGCCGCCAUCUUCCGCGGUUGUCAUACAGGCCGUGGCCAUCUCCCACCAUUGCCAUCCCCUGCCAUCGCCAUCUCAUCGGUCCCUAGACUUCGGUUGUUUAAGGUACGUUGGCUCGCCGUCAGGUAGCUGCAGUGGGCGUUCUAGGAUAGGAUGGCGAUGGCGGAGGCCACGUGUGGGGGCAGGGCAUACCUGUUCGACUUGCUGCCAUGAUGAGGAUCGAUGUGGCCACCAGCAAGGAGUCCGUGCUGGCAUGGAUCGGCGACUGCGACCGCGGGGCAUGCUUCUUCAUGGCGCCGGAUUGCUGUGGGAGGGAGCGAAGGAGGGACCACGCGCCAGCAGAGGACGAGGCUGAGUCCUCGGGCAUGGACGAGCGCUCCGGGGAGAGCCGCGGGGUGGAGGACACCACCAAGGUGACGAAGGUGAGCGGGGCAUGGGGGAGAAUGCGGCGGCAAGGCUGGAGGAGAGUGAGAGGUACUACCAGGUCGUUAGCAAGUUGUUCCUCAGCUUCGAAAUGACAUCCCGCGGCAUGACGAUCACGGCGGUCUGCAAGGUCGAACAGGGUGCAAGGGUUAGGGCGUUCCAGCAGCAAGGGCAGCUCCUCGCCGCCGCGUGCGGCGCCGCCGCCGGCACCCCCAAGUUCGUGUGGUAUGGAGCAUCAGUAGAGGACGUGGCCGCCGUGGUGGAGCGUGGUUUCGCAAUGACCAACGCACCAUGGCUUGGCGGUCGCAAGCACGGCGACAGCCUCCACCUCUCGCCGCCUCAACGCCCCUGCACGUGGUAUUGUAGGAAAGCAAAGGCCAUAUUUAAGGAGUUUCAGUUAAAGAAAGAGCCCUAUGUUGUGGAGCUUGAUCAUCGAGAGGAUGGUUCGGAGAUUCAGGAUGCCUUAUCUGAGAUAGUUGGCAGGCGUACUGUUCCUCAAGUUUUUGUCAAUGGAAAGCAUUUGGGGGGCUCUGAUGAUACUGUUGAGGCUUACGAAAGUGGAAAGUUGGCAAAACUCUUGAAUAUCGGAGUCAAGGACGAUCUUUAAGAAACAUGUUAGCAUCACAAGUUUAUCUCUUGUUUUGAGUUAUGAGGCUGUAUUAUGCGACUCUGAAUUGGCAUUAUACGAAAUAUGUAACUGAAUAUUGUGGCAUAAUUCAUAACAUCUGAACCCUACUUUUGAUAUUUCCUCCAUUAUCUCGUAUUAAUUCUGAUGCUA